GAUGUCAUUUUUGAACACGCCAUUUUUGUUGGGGAGCAGUCGUCUCUCAGAAAGAGAGGAUUAUUUUGUAUACAGGUACGUUAAACCGUCGCUUUUAUCAUUUUAAAAGCUUUUGGGCUUUUCUGGCCACCGGAUCACCCGCUCGUCCAGCCACACUCACAGAAUGUCGUCGGAGAACCUGGACUCGGACACUCAGCUGGACUACGAGGACGAAAAACAGGACUCCCAGGAGAAGAAUGGCAACCCGGUGAAGGCCGAGGAGGCCAAGCUGAAGGCCAAGUACCCGGGUCUUGGUCAGCGGCCCGGCGGCUCCAACUUCCUCAUGAAGCGGCUACAGAAAGGGCAAAAAUACUUUGACUCGGGUGACUACAACAUGGCCAAGGCCAAGAUGAAGAACAAACAGCUUCCCGUGGCAGGGACCGACAAGAACCUGGUGACCGGCGACCACAUCCCCACGCCGCAAGACCUGCCGCAGAGGAAGUCGUCCUUGGUGACCAGCAAGCUCGCCGGCUAGCCUUUCGCCAUCACACCAAGAGAACACCCCCUGCCUCACCCCGUAUCCCUCUCCGCUCCCGCCACACCCCCACCCCGUGUCGUCACGCCAAUCGCCACCACCCCAUCUUCCCCCGUCAUCCGCGGGCGACGUCCAGGGCAGACUUGUUGAGUGAUGCUCUCGUUUGUGGGUCGGAAGGAGACGGCGUCCUCUCCCGUCCUCUCCUGAGCACAGCGCGCCCCCACUGUUCGCACUGCGCUCCUCCUCUUGUCUUGGUUGUCCGUAUUCCAAGAUGGUUGCCAUCAGCAGGUGUGUGACUUCGCCGGGGACUUUGUGCACUUUGUAGUUUGGUGAUUGAUGUGCGUCAGAGACUGGGGAUCCAGCUUCCUGCUUCCGGAUGCGGUUAGGGGUUCGAACGCGCGCACACAUCCUUACUUGCUCGUAUACCAAAUUUCCGCAGUUGCGAUGGGAGUUGACGUUGCUUUAAUUGUACACUCGACAAAAACCCGCUGCAUGAUUGUAUCCGACAAGAAAUCCUAACGGGAGACGGGACCGCCUUCUUCGUUAUUUUUUUUUUUGUUUUGUUUUGUUUUUCUUUGCUGUCGGGACAAUCCACAGCGCAAUUCAGUCCCUGAACUUUAUCUGACUUCUGUUUUGGCCGGCAAUCACCGCUGCACUGGCCGCAUGCUCCUCUCAGUCGUGCUCACACAGGCAUGCCCUUUGUGUAGUUCAGUUUUGUGCUUUGAGCAGAAAAUCAAGCUUCAGAGUGGCAGCAACAGUGUGAUUUUUUUUUUUGUUUGUUUGUUUGUUUGUUUUUUUAACAUCCAUUCUGACAAACUUUCUCUCCGGGAGACUCGUCCUUAAAAAGCACACCAACCUAAAAAUGAAGUGUUAAGUCACAUUAUAGCAACAGCUGACAGAAUGUGUGCUGCUUCGGGUUUCGUUGGUUUGAAAUAACACAAUAUGAAAUAUUAAUAUUCGGCUCCAGUAAACAACUUCGUUGAUGUUUCUACAAAUAAAAGUUCCAUUUGAUGUGGAAA